CCCGGUCAAAACCAGCCUGAAGCGUCAUUGAACCGGUCGAAUCGUGAAACAGCGUGCUCUUUACACGAAAAAAGCGUGUUCCGCGUGCCAUUGCCUGUUGUAGCCCCGAAAGUAGAACUCUGUGUGAAAUUGUUCGUCUGGUUUUGUUCAAACAGCAUUAAAAACGUACAAACAUGUUUUGGGGACUUAUUAUGAAGGAGGGCAAGAAGUACUCCAAAGUGGUGGAGAAAGACUUCCAGCUCACGAACGCGGCGCUCGAUCUGAACGGCGUGACCGGCGACGUGCAGGUUCUGCUUGGAACCGAAAACGUCACUUACCUGCUCUGCACACUCAACAAACAAAUUCCGCAGGUGCAUCUGGACAAACACUUUGAAAUCGGCGAAGAGAUCUGUUUUUCGAUCAAGGGCAAGGGUGUGGUACACCUAACCGGAAAUGUCAUCGAGCCCGACGGUAUGGAUGAUAUGGACGAUGACGACGACGAGGGGGAAGAUGAGCAGGAGGAGCUCGUCGCUUCGAACGGCUCCCGUGGUGCUAAGGAACGCAAUGCCAAGAAGGUGGCGCAGGUGAAGGUAGCGGAAAAGAUCGCUUCCGGCGAGGUUUCCUCCGAAAGCGACGAGGACGAUGCCACUUUCAACGGAUCGGCCCUGGACGAGAAUGCCCUUAACGGAGAAGACGACGAUGAAGAGGAGAGCGACGACGAACCAGAAGGCGAUGGCGAGGACGAUUUGGAGAGCGACGACGACGAGGACGACGAUUUGGAGAGCGAAGACGACGAAGAAGAGGACGAGGACGAUGACGAGGACGAAGAUGAAGAUGUCGAAGAAGAGGAACUAGAGCCGAAAGCGAAACAGCAGAAGUUGUCCGCCGAUAACAAAGCCGCUCCGCAAAACGGCAACGCGAAGGCGACACAUUCCAAGGAAGCUCCGAAGAAGCAGCAACAACAGCCAUCCGCAACCCGUACACUACAAGACGGAUUGGUCGUGGAAGAUUUGAAGGUUGGCUCGGGGCCGGAAGCGAAGCCAGGCAAGAAGGUGGCUCUCUACUACGUGGGCCGCCUGAAGUCGAACAACAAGGUGUUCGAUAGCACCAACCAGGGCAGCGGCUUCAAAUUUAACCUCGGGCGCGGUGAUGUGAUCCGAGGAUGGGAUCUUGGCGUGAGCGGAAUGAAGUUGGGCGGCAAGCGGCGGCUGACCAUUCCCCCAAAGUUGGCCUACGGAGCGAAGGGUAGCCCGCCAGUCAUUCCGCCCAACAGUACGCUCGUCUUCGACCUUGAGUUGAAGAAGGUUUUCUAAAGUAUCUUUUCUCUUUUCCGUUCUUUUCUUUCAAUGUACUAUUCUCGUUCUUUCUAUAUCAUAUAUGUAAUAAAGGCAUUUAGCUGCC